CCCCUGAAUGCAUCACUUCCACACUGACCAUCCGCACUUAUUAGACUGGGAACAGCGCCUUCAAGCGGACAAAAGGUGAGUUGCAGGAGCUCGGGUGUCUUUUAUUGUGAAAUGCGCAACAACUGUUUGUGUUUACAGACACGAACACGUGGAGAAUGACCGGAAGAGAAACGGUGGUGGUAACAGGGUUUGGACCUUUCAGACAGUUCCUGGUGAACCCCAGCUGGAGAGCAGCCCAGGGGUUGGAGUCGGUUGGACUGGGAGAGCAGGUGGAUGUUUACAUUAAGGAGCUUCCUGUGAGUUAUGUGAAGACUCAGCAAAUCAUCGCUGAGAUUUGGAAAACUCUUAAACCAAAGUUCGCGGUACAUCUGGGCAUAGCUAGAGGUUCCAGUGUCGUCAUGUUGGAGCAAACAGGGAACAACAGUGGCUACAGAGACAAAGACGUGUGUGGACUCUGUCCUGAGGGUCACUGCUGCACGGACAAAGGUCCAGAGAGACUCUGCUCAGUCAUUAACAUGAGAGCCGUUUCCAAACAGUUCAAGAAAGCAGGGAUGGAUGUCAUAUACUCUGGAGAUGCUGGCCGGUACCUGUGUGAUUUUGCAUAUUACUGCUCAUUGGACCACGGGCAGGGGAGGGCAGCCCUCAUCCAUUUACCCACAUCUGGCGGCCUGGCCUCAGCCGACACUCUGGUCCCUCUGCUGCAGACUGUCAUACAGACCAUGCUCGGUCAGCUGGUCGACCCGUCACUAACAGUAUGAACGGAUGAUGAUGGCUGAUUCUGCAGCAGGCACGCUAAAGCACAGUUUAACUUCUAGUACAGAUAUUCAACAUCAAACAGAAACCACGUUGCUGAAUAAAAAACAGAGGAAACUGUGGCACUCAGGAGAAUGUUUACCUCCGCCGAGGCCCAACAGCCCACUUCUAAAACCACAUCUUAACUCACUGAACCAGAUCAGUCCCAUAAACCUGCCUGAUCUUACUGAUCAAGGUCCAGCACCUUAUCCCUCAAUGCUAAAGAAAGUAAAAAAAUAUCCUGGAUCCACAACUAAAUGUUUAACGUGUUCUUCCCUGACCCAUAUGGCAUCCCUCCACCAAGUGUCGUGGAAAUCCGUCCAGUAAUUUUUGGGAAUUUGAAAACUUUGAAAUAUAUAAUUAUAUAGUGCUAUUAUUGUGCUUAAAAAGCAACAAACAGACAUAACCUAUGGACAAACAUAACCUCCAUGGUGGAGGUAAUAGAACAGGCACUCAUAGUUCUCAUUCAUUUAUUUAUUCAAAAUUUCAGCGAGAAAAAAAGAAAAUACAAGAAGUUCUCAGAUACACAUUUGGAGACGGCACGUCAGAAAAAUAUACCAUCUCAGCUAUAAGUGUGAAAAACUUUUUGAGGCCUCAGAUACAGAGUUUGAAAGAAGACAGAAGAGUCUAGUGAAGGUUUUUUUUUUUGUGAUUAUUUCCCCAAUCAGGUAAUGAACACACAGAUUUUUCUUUUUGUGAAAAAUCAUUAUAAUAAAAUAAUAUUAGUGAACCAAGGCCCCCUCAGAAGGAAUGCAAAUCAUAAAAAGAGAGGCAUGAGAAUGUUAAACCUCAAACUUAUUAUUGCAGUUUUUAAAAAUGCAUUGACGCAUCCUCCAUAAACAUGAGGUUUGCAUGAAGAACAGUCUGAAGAAUUGAAAUGAUAGAUGUUUUCUAGCUAGUGUUUAUAUUUACACUGGAAAUCUGCAAACAAGCGACUACAGUGAGAAGCUGUUAUCUUAGGCCUUCCAUGUUUCUUUUAUUUUCUACUCAUGUUGUUUACCUUGUCUACCCGCAAUCUAUGCGACAUCCCCGUCCUAUUCUUCGUCCUCGUGUUUUAUUUUAAACGCUGUAUAGUUUGUGAUCUAGCCAGUAAUUCACCUCACAUGUUCCCUGUAAUGUCUACUCUCACAAUUGAAAAAGAGGAAAUAUAUAAGAAGUAUUCUUAUUUUACCCAUCGCAUAAUGUACAUCCAAACUGAAAGAACAGAAACUUAAUAAAUGCACAGAUAUGUUCAGUAACUACACAGGAUGUUUGCUUGUCUGGUGAUUUUGUUUUUGUACCAAUGUCGUGUAAAGCAGCUGUUUUUUUUAACCCGAGGAUUGUUCACUUCGAUCAUUAUUCCUUAAAAUCACACAGAUUCAAUUCUUAAGGAGAACUUAGAUGUAGCACCUACAUUUCACAUUAAAUAAUUUUUUUUUUUUUAUUGCUUUUAAUUUCCAAAUGUCACCAUCUCCUUGCACUGAGACAAUGUUCAAACAUUGAUCCACCCUCUUCAAAAGUAGAACUGAGGUUUUUUACGUGAAGCUUUGAGAUGUUAAAGCUCGACGGUAUAAGAUCCACUGAGGUGACUGUUUGAACCAGCAGCAUUAACUGUAAGUUAGUAGCAGUACAACAGGCCAGGAACAAAGGUGUGUUUAGGUAAGUCUAGAACGUCAUGACAUUCAGCAGGUAGACGUGGAACAGGGGAGAUGACGGCGUUCACCGAGACAUGAAGAAAUAAACCAAAAUGAUUGGUUUAAUAAUCUUAGUGACGAGAUCAAAGUUUCUUCUGCCGCUUUGAUUCCAACACCGACUGAAAGUAGAAACACGUGGUAGGUGGCGUCGCUCCCGUCUCUUUAAAGUGUUUGUAUAGUGACAUAUCUUUUCUUACAUUCACGCUACAGAUCCUAACACACGACUGAAUCUUAUUAUUUUAGAGCGUGAUCUGGAUGUUUGGAAUAAACUUCACUGAAACUGAUGAAAUGUGUUGUGUGGUCACAGGCUGCAGGUGAACAGCAAACGCUUUUUCCCUUUAUUAAAUAUUCCUCACUUUGACUGUUCGGACUUCUUUAUGAGCAGUUUUAGAUGAUUUAAAAAAGGGUUUUGUCUUUUGAGGAUUCGAGUUGUGACAAUGAUAUCUGGAAUCAGUGGGGAUGGAAUGUCUGGGCUCGGCCUCUUACGCUGAAUACGAUACACAAAUUAUAGUGUACGUUGACUUAUUUUUGUAGCAUAUUUUCUCAAAUAAAUACUCAACAGAUUAACUUAUUGAAUGAGUCUUUUCCUUUGUUUGCUCAAAGGUAUAGAUGUACAUAGACGCAAACCCCUGGGAAAGUCGGGCUGAUCUUCCAGCGCUUAAAUUCCAUCUCCCGUCCUAUGUUGGCUUUGUGAGGUUUAUCUAGAAUCCC